GAAAAACCGAGGGACUUUAUUAUUUAAGAUUAUCAAAUCUGCAAUUGAAUCUCCAUACUGAACCGUUAGAAAAUAUUUUUUUAUUGAAAAAUAGAAAGUUUAUUUUUAGAGGAAGAUUCACAGAAAAAUUAAAAAUUUCAAUUUUUCCAAUCCCGAAUAAUUUCUGGUAAUGAUUUAUAAAAAUAUAAUUUUCACCGCAGAGCGCGUUGCAACCGAAUCACCAUAGUUACAACAAUCACAACAUUUACAUGUGUACAUUCGAUAUGGAGUGGACACGGGGUUAUUAUCAAUGUCACUCGGUGAAACAUGAAAAUGAUAGAACGAAUCGGAGGGAAAAUUCGAUGAGACUCUUAUCAUAAUCCUAAUUAAUACUGUGAUAAACAAAUAAGUCGAUGACGAUGAAUCCGUGAAGUCACCAAAACAAAACCGACAAUAAGGAUGGAACGACCUGUGGGCUCUCGGCUGAGCACCAGCCGAUGGCUGGACGCCGUCUGGGAGCCGAGUACAAACAUGCAUGUUCUUCCUGGUGGUCUCGACAUGCUGGAUGUGUCUGGUGAUAACGAAGCUAGAUUAAUAGUCACUGAUCUGGGAUCAGAAACCACGGAUUCUGCAAAAAUUAGAGUAUACAAGGGAGCCGAUCAAGUCACUGAACAUAACAUGAUAGAGCCACCCUGUGGAGUGGUUGGAUUUUAUUCCGAAAACGGAGAGACGAGAUCAGCAGCGGUUGCUGUCGGUGCUGGGUCCAGUGUAUAUAUUUAUAAAAAUAUGAGACCGCACUUCAAAUAUUGCCUGCCCUAUUUAGAUGCCCAUCCGAAGGAAAGAGAGAUAUGGCAUAGAGCUGGUUUGGAUUUGGAUUUAAAUGUACUCUCCCUCCGUGAUGACCUCGAACUCCUCUUCAAGGAAUUAGGAGCUGCAUUUAUCUCGCCUAGAACCAUAAAAUUUCUGUCAAUGGACGAGAAUCUCCGAGUCGAAUUUGCCGAGCAAUACCGUCGUCUCCCCCUCAUCCGCAUGAAUGCUGUUUCCACCAUCGGUUUGAUCCGAAAGGAUUCGUGGAAUGACCCCGCCAGUAGUUGCAUAAUAGUGGGUACUGAGUCUGGAGAAAUGCUGAUAUUGCAUCCCAGGUCAUUUUCGCUGGUGGACAAGCACCACCUUGGCUGGGCACCAGUUGCGGUGAGCAGCACUGGCCUCUGGUCCGGCGAUGGUCGGAUAUUUGUGGUUUCCAGAGAUAGAAGAAUAGGAGUGGUGCGAAAAGGAUGGGAUACAAUAAAUCUGUGGGAGAAGUUACCAGCCCCUGCUGUUGCCAUCUCCACUCUGACUUGCGAUGGUGCUGCAGUGGCUUUGAUGGAUGGUACAUUGUGCGGAUUCUCCGGGAGUGGAGUUAAAUUGUGGAGAAUUCAUCUGCCGAGCUUUGUACUGGAUCUUACGAGUCUUCCAGUUCCGCAGACGGGACUUUCUUUACUAGCCGUCAGUGUACCGCGCUCUGGUGUUCUCAUUUAUGAUGGACAACAUCAUGUGGAUACGAUCAACAUGAUGGAAUCAGUGUCAGCAAUGAAGUAUGGUCGCAUGGGACAGGAAGAACGUGCAAUGGCUAUGGUAACAAUACCUGGUGGUUUGGCCGUCAAAAUAUUAAAGAGAACAGCAAAUUUUUCGGCUAGACCUGGUACAUCUAAUUCUAUCACCGAACGGGGACAAGGUACAUUUGUAAUACCGAAGAAAACUCGUUUAUUCGUCGAGCAGACAAUCAGAGAAAGAGCCGAGGCGAAGAAAAUACAUAAUACAUUCCAGCAAGGAUUUCUGCGGUUGAGACUGACGGUGGCAAGGAAAGCUCAACAGGAAUUGAAUUUGGGGAAGGAACCCAGCGCCAAUCCCAUUACCAUUGAAGCCAGUGUUCUGGGUUUGGGUCCAACUUAUGUCUUGCGCACUAUCGUGACAAAUUUGUCUGAAGAACCUUCGGAACCGUCACUUUUCCUUGUCUUUAGGGGACCAGAGACUAUUAUAAAACCGAGAGUUGUUGAAUUACCGUUGCUACCUAGUGGUAUUCCAAUUCCUGUUGUGGUAAAAGCUACACCUACGUCCGCGGUAGCUGAAAAGGUUCAGAUACUGCUAUGUAGGAAAGGAAAAACUAAGCCAAUUGCCAGUGCCAGUCUUUUGCUGCCACUUGCAGAGCCAGACAUUGAAGUGUAAGACAGCAUAUGUCAUUUGAAUGGUGACUUAAGCAAGUGGUAAAUUAUGUAAUUGUAAUUGUGUGAUCUGAUUGUGAUAAUGUGAAUAUUAAAUCGUUGUAUAGUUUA